AUGGCCCAUCUAUCAAUACAACACUUUGUGAGCUCCUACAGGACAAAGUGGUAUCACAUUUUCCUACAGGACAAAGUGGCUAUCGAACAGGAAGUUGGUUAUAGACUAACUACUCAGAUUCACCUAUUAAUCAAGAGACUUGGAGAAGACUAUAUCUCGGUUCUGGAGCAACUCGAUUACGCCAGAGAAACAACUUCAGCCAUGACGGAUUUAAUUGAUUUGAAAUAUACGUCUUUUCUCCACGAAUGGCAUGACGUCAUAUCCUUGAUUGACAGUCUCACCAGAUCAAACGUCAGGAUGAAAAUUGAGAACAUUUACAGUGCAGUAAAAGACAUACAGUCGACAAAAGUUGUUCUGUUUGAUCCGAAUACCGGUGAACUUCAGACAAAUGUGUACCUACCCGUCGGACUGAAAUCAUUAAAGUCCCCUCUGCCAAAUAUUAACUUGUCACAAUACACCGCCGAACUGAGAUCAGCCGUGCAUUAUGUGAGAGAAACUACAUCCCUGUUAUAUGGCUUCCAUGUCGCUGAUGUAAAAUCCUGGAUUCCGCCAUUUACAGCCUCUGCAUCUAUAACGAACGGCCUAGUGACAACAUUUGACGGGACUGUGUUUACCAUGGAAGGCAAAUGUAGCUACCUUUUGGCAGGAGACUUCUCUGUUGUCAUGGAGAUUCUGGGUAAACAGAAGGUGAAGGUCGUGGUGACAACACAUCUACAUACAAUAAACCUGUCUCCUCGAAAGCAGGUUCGCAUCGAUGGUGCCUUGUUAAUACUCCCAUAUCGCAUUCACGACAUUUACGUCACAAAAGUCCGUGAUGAUAUCAUCAUUACUGGAAAUGGAUUUAGGUUGAAGCAUAACAUUACAACAGAAACAUACAACCUUUCCGUGAGUGGAUGGUUCCUUGGAAAGACUGCUGGACUAUUCGGAACUUACGACAACGAACCGUAUAACGAUAUGAUGAUGUCCAACGGAGAAAUUUCAAAUAAUAGCACCACAUUUAGGCAGUCGUGGGGUCUUAGUGGAUAUUGCCUAUAGACUCACAGAUGCGUUUGUGAAUACAACACAUUGUAUGUAGAACAGAGAUGAGUAUGGACACAACAAACAUUGUAUGUAGAAAACAGGUGUAUGGACACAGCAAACAUUGUAUGUAGAACAAAAUUAUGUGUAUGGACAAAACAAACAUUGUAUGUAGAACAAAAUUAUGUGUAUGGACACAGCAAACAUUGUAUGUAGAACAAAAUUAUGUGUAUGGACAAAACAAACAUUGUAUGUAGAACAAAAUUAUGUGUAUGGACAAAACAAACAUUGUAUGUAGAACAAAAUUAUGUGUAUGGACACAGCAAACAUUGUAUGUAGAACAAAAUUAUG